ACCUGGGUGCAUCUUGCUUGUCAUGGGAAGCAGGACCCUAAACAGCCUUACGAUUCGCAUUUUGUCAUGCGAGACGAACAUCUGACACUGCUCGAUGACAUCAUGGAGAGACAUCUUCCACAGGCCGAGUUCACAUUCUUAUCGGCUUGUCACACUGCCGUCGGUGAUGAGGAGACGCCCGAUGAAGUGAUCGACCUCGCAGCUGGUAUUCAAUUUUCAGGAUUCAAGAGUGUCGUUGGCACGCUGUGGGAGGUUGACGACUCCGUCGUGAAACAUGUUGUUGAAGCUUUCUACAGGUAUAUGUCUGGAGAUUUGAAGGAUGGUGGUGUCAUGGACUGUACGAAGGCGGCUUGGGCACUCAACUGUGCUAUGCACGUGGUGAAGACGAAAGUACCGCUCGAACAGAGGAUGGUUUUUGUUAAUAUCGGUGUGUAG